GUGACAAGUUCCGGCUGGUGCUGGCCACGACCCUGCGGGAGGACGGCUACCCGACCGACGGGCCCGACUACAACCCGCUGGAGACCGGGCCGUCGCGCGCGGAUCCCUUCGACUACGUGAUGUACGGCAAGAUCUACCGCAUCGAGGGAGACGACGGCCUGGUGGAGACCUCGGGGAGAUUGUCGGCGUACGUCUCAUACGGUGGCCUGCUGAUGCGCCUUCAGGGGGAUGCCAACAACCUUCACGGCUUUGAGGUGGACAAACACAUCUAUCUGCUCAUGAAGAAGCUGGCUUAUUAGAUCACCUGGUGAUAUCACGCUCAGGAAUAAGUCUCGUGUUUUUCUUUGGUAUAUAUUUUGUUUCUUAGGUCUUGAUUUUAUUUUGAAAUCUUUCAUGAUAGUGAUUUUUAGGUUUUAAAAGGAAUGUCAGCGAGAUGCUUUGCAAAGAUUAGUUCUUAUUCUUUUUCCUUAACCAUGGUCAGUUCAAUUAUGUGAUGUAAGAAAUGAUAGGUUGACAAACAAAUCAUGUACAAGUUUUGUAAUAAAGGUUUUUCAGAUAA